AUGGCUCAUCCUCCCGUCUUACGCUUCCUCUGCACUUCCAUCGUCGUUCUAUCACUGCUGCCCCUGUCGAGUGCAGGUGACACCCCGAGUUCGGCUCAAUCUAUCGGAGAGGGAGAGACGUUAGUUUCCCUAGGCCGAAAGUUUGAGCUCGGUUUCUUCUCUCCCGAAAGCUCCAAGAACGGUUUCCUGGGGAUAUGGCUCGUCGCGAGUCCCGAAAUGGUUGCUGGGGUUGCUAAUAGGAACAGUCCGCUCACCGAUUCAAAUUGUACUCUGGAAAUAAGCAACGAAGGUGAACUUGUACUUCUGAACCGAUCAAAGAGCGUCGUUUGGUCGAUGAAUUCGACCAAGGUUCACGGAAACCCAGUUGCACGGCUCCUGGAUUCUGGGACCCUUGUUCUUAGGGAACGCAACGGUUCAGAUGCAGGUGACUACUCAUGGCAGAGCUUUGAUUACCCAUCGGACACGCUUUUGCUUGAUGGGUUGCUGAAGUUGGCGGUUUGUUACUUGCAAGUUUCUGAAGUUGGCGUCAAAAACUUGCAAGAAGUAGCACUUCUGUGA